AGCUCUUGAAAGCACUUUUGUAAGUUGCUUCAAUUGCCAGAGCACUCAACAUAUUUCGCGCCCCCAUCCCCCGCCCGCUUGCGCACUACUUACACCCGGCCCGGAUGCCCUUUAUAUGAGCGGCUCUUAACUCCAUCCACCGACACCCUUCACACCCCGCACAAUGCCGCUCGACACAUCCACCUACUCGCUCGCCCUCCUCCGUCUCGACGGCCGCCGCUGGAACGAGCUCCGUCGGCUGCACGCACAAAUCAGCACGCAAGCCGCCGCCGACGGCUCCUCGUACCUCGAAAUGGGCAACACGAAGGUGCUCUGCAACGUCACGGGUCCUGCAGAGGGCCGGCAAUCCGGCCAGCGCGGCGGGAAGGACAGCGAGGCGAAAGUAGAAGUCGAGAUCGGGUUUGCGGGCUUCAGUGGCGUGGAGAGGAGACGGCGGAAGAGUGACAAGAGAACGAGCGAAAUGCAACACUGCCUUGAAACCGCCUACUCCUCCCUCCUCCUAACCCACCUCUACCCGCACUCCACCAUAACCCUAAACGUCCACAUCCUCUCCCAAGACGGGUCUCUCCUCGCCGCCUGCCUCAACGCUGCAACCCUCGCGCUCAUCGACGCGGGCGUGCCAAUGACAGACUACCUAGUAGCCUGCACAGCUGCGUCCUCCAGCACUUCCGACUCGUCAUCCGAGUCCUCCGACCCAUUACUCGACCUGAAUAGUCUGGAGGAGCAAGAACUGCCGUUCCUGACUGUGGGAACGUUGGGCAGGAGCGAGAGAGUCAGCGUGCUGAUGAUGGAGAGUAGAGUAAGGAUGGAGAGAGUGGAGGGGAUGCUGGCUGUGGGGAUUGAGGGGUGUAAGAGGGUGAGGGAGAUUUUAGAUGGCGUUGUGAAAGGAUAUGGGAAGAGGUUUUCUUAAGUGAUUGACGCGAGAAGGGUCCAACUGAAGAGAUGAGAGAGCAACGAGAGCGACACUGCAGAACACUUGGGAAGGCCAUAUCGAAGGACACAGCGGAAGCGCGUCAUGCGACGCUCAAGUCCGUUUACGCCUCUGAAGGUAGGAUCUCAAGAGAGGAGAGAGAGAGAGACAGUGGCGUGACGCUAUCAGCGUUGGAAGCAAGAGGCACAAGACCACAUGAAGAUACCCCGAUUAAAUAGACCCAAUGAUGCGAGACAAGGAUCCACCGAAUCAAUAUUCUGUAUGCG